CCCGCGACGGGGGUACGCCCCAGGCCCGCACGCUCCGCCCUCACCCCCGCGAGCGCGAAUAGACGCGUCCCUCACGCCAUGCUCCUCCCCCCCCCUUCUCGUCGCUUGGGCGCGCCCAGCGUGACGUUCGAGGGGUGGGGAGAGCAACUGGCCGUCGCCUGAUGAAGUUGGUUGUGGUUGUUGUAAAUCACUGACGAAACGUCGAACUCGGAUAGUAAAUAUUGUGGGUUUACUCUCCCGACACCGGUGUGCUUAAGUAGUAACUAACCGGGCACGUUUUGUUUACGUGACAAACAUUAUUAAUGGACCCCAAAAAAAUAUUUUUUUUACGGAUGAUAUUGGUCUCGAAAGCCUACCACUACGUGUUAAACUGGGGUGGACAGUGAGCCCCCGAAAUAACGUGUCUCCGGAAUGUAAAGUUGCUCGUAAGACAGCCACAGUAAUAUCUAGGGCGGCCGCUGUGUCGAACCGUCAACCUCUGCAGCAUGCGCUACCGAUUGGCCGUGCCACCGUCUCUGAAGUCCAACUAACGAUGUUACACUUAAUCCACUGCGUAUAAUCUGCAUAACCCUGUAUUGUAUGAAGGCCAAAUGCAAGACGUUGCUUAACACUACUGUUCCCUAAGCCUUUUGAAUGCUGCAUAAAGAUUAAACGUUUUGCAUAUGCUACAUUCUCCAUGGCUCUGCCGCUCGAACUUGUAACACAGAACUGUGGAGGCAGUGAUGGCGAAUCGCACACAUUCAUGCACCGUGUUGAUGCAGUUGGCCACACGUCAUGAUAUAGGAUCACAGAGCUUGGGCACAUUUCGGUGUCGGUUUUUUGGCUGCCUUACCAAGCACAUCUUUGUGGGUUCCUACGUCGCUUUGAGGAACCUGCAGCGUUUUGGUCUGCGACUUGUAUGGAUGACACUGCUAUACACAAAUAAAACAUGUAUAGUUAAACAGCUACAGCUGUGACACAUGGCUGCCACGUGGCUCUGACAUCACCAGACAACUUCCUGCCAUUCUAUCCUGUCCAUGGGUUCAGGUGUAUACACUAUAUACACUCUAUAUAUUUAAUCUGCCUUUCCAUUCCGUACAGGUUGUCCCAUGGAGCAAGAGCAGUGGCAGCAGCUCGCACAUUCUCCACGAGCGAGCCAGGUCAGCGCUACCUCCUAGGGGGCACACACAGAGUUGCUGAGCAUGGGUCCAAAUGCCCCAAACAUCAAGCGGCCAGAAUGCAAAUAGCACCGUCAAAGCUAUAGUAGACAAGGGUGUAACACGUUUCUCGAAUUGAGCAAGGUUGUUAUGAGAGCUUGGAAAAGAGACGACGAUAUUGGGAGGGAAUUUCAAGGAGGCAGAGGGCGAGGGAAGAAGCAGAGUGGUGGUGGUUAACGCCAUGUGGAUGAGAUGAAAUAGCAUGGUUGACCUGGUCCCUCAACUUGGGUGGAGGAAUCUAUUACAACUUUAAAAGUGCUGUUUGUUGCCAGUCGCUUGAGAUGUUGGGCUUUUGUGCCAGUGCCUGGCAACUGUGAGUUUAAAUUCAAUGAAACCCUUUGCGCUGUAGAAUAAAUGUUAUUCUCUAUUCCCCAGGAUGCCAUGACUUCCGAUAUGAAGACCGACCUUUUCCAACAACAGCCAGCAGCUGGGUCGUCACUGCAGCUGCCUGUGUCAAAUCUGGAGUGUCUACGCAAGAGCCGUAAAACCGUCAAGAGAAUCCUGUGCGACAUUGGCCUGGAGUGGUGCCAGACGUUUGUGGAGAACCAGGAGGACGAGGAGCUGGUUACCUGGAACUAUCAGUGCACGGACUGGGAGCUGCUCACUGAACACGAACCUCCCGCAAAGCACAAGCGUAAAGCCCUGGCGAGUUUGCCGGCCACCACGGAACAGACCAGUGGCACCUUGGCAGUAAAGACCAAAAAAACCAAGACGGCAGGAGAGCGACUAUGAGACGAUGCUGCGGCACGCGGCGGCCUCGCACGACCCCAGGCACCCCUGGUCUCUCGUCGGAUACGCCAGCUUCGCGCCGUCGUGGCCGGGAGGCUGCGGGCAGCAGCAGUACAUCUGUCCCACACAGCUGCUUGCCUUCCAACCGCCACCGCCCCUCUGCCUAGCCCCCCCGUCACAGAUUGCACCUCCGAGCGUUCAACCGAGCCAAGCGUCCAUGGUUCCUGUGGAGAAUGGCGGAACAGUGGGCUCGACCGUUUCGUCACUACAGGUCAAGACCGGAUCACGAUUAGUAGUACCGGCACAAAAACUUCAGUUCUGCAGGUUCUGCAAGGAGUUUGUGACCUCGGGGGUAUUUCUGGGGCAUUCCCUCACGUGUCACGGCCCCACACUGGCAGAGGAGAGCGGCCUCUCAGAUCCACGCAUGUCAGAGUGCUCCUUGUGCAAAGCGGAGAUGCAUCCCACGAUGCUGAGAGAGCACAUGCUGCAGCAUAGCCUGCACUGCCAGUACUGCCUCUUGGCCUUCAAGGAACAUCGGCAGAUGCUGGAACACAUGGCCAAAGAGCAUCCGUACUACGGGACUAGUGGCUCUGCAAUUCUUGAAUCGCAAGCCGUCAUUUCCGCAAGAUCUUCCGCAGGUUGUCUUUCCGCGCACUCACAAACGUUUACGAACGAUUUCCAGGCACCAGAAAACAUUAUGCCAAACACGUUGUUGCAACCUCAGUGCACCGUGUCAAACAUAACGCAGCCAUGCAGUGGUGCGACCGUGCAGAGUCAACCUUCGAAUCCAUCUCUCCCAAUCUUCACUUUCACCCUCCCACCGGUCCCAGUGUCUACCCAAGAUCAACAGUCGUUGAUUCUUAAGUUGGUCCCUCAACAAUCUGUUGUUGCGUCACAAUCACAGCAGCUUGGCAACAUGCCAGCGUUGCUCACACUGAACUUAUCGCAGGCUCCGCAGUCUGGUGGAGUUCCCCGCUUUGUGUCUAUAGCGCCCUCCAUGCCAGCAAUGCAGUCCAACCAGCAGCCCCCUGCUGUCUCUUCCCGAGUGACGACCGCGUGCGCACAAAACGUAAUUUCCACAGUAAGCAAAGCGAUUGAGAAUAACGUGAUGUCCGGACAGGAACCGCUGCGUCAGCAAGCAGACACUGCCGCACAGUUUCACUUAGCGAUGGCGUCGCCUACAGCGGUGAACGUUUCGGAAGCAGCUCAGGCGCAAUUCGCCGUGAACCCCGGCACCGCCUCAGCAUUGCAUCAGCUACAGAAUGGCAUGUGGGGGUCAGGCACCACGCAGAUAAUGAUGACGCAUCCCCAGCAGCCGCACGUUGUGACAGUUCCUCACAUGCCCUCAGGGAUGAUGCCGCAGACCGUCACCAUCUGCAACCGCGGGACUGGACAGCCCCUGCAGCUGCUGUUGCAGCCAGCUCCCGGUCUUGCUCAUUCCAGCUCGGCCCAGAUGCCCGUGGGCACGACAACGAAGGGGGUCGUAAAUUGCGAUGGCGUGAAUCCCGCAGCGAUCGGUGUCACCGCUGCUGCGACCCUGCCGGCCGCCCCGAUGCAGCAAUAUUUUGUGACGGUCAACAAUGGCCCCGCGGGCCCCAUAACCAUGGUGCCAGUGAAUCAGACCUCUACACCCUCUGCGCAUGCCGCCGUCGCCGCCGCGAUGCCAACACCCACAGCUCUUUGCUGUGCAUCGAGCAGCUGCUUGGUCACCGUCCCUGCUGUACCUAUACCCGGCGAUUUGGGUAAAAAGCCCGGCGCCACCGCCCCCUGGUGUGAACGCCGCGAGUCUCCAGGAGCCAGCGGGGCCGUGGAUGCCGCAGCCGAGACCUCCGGCAAUGCGCUCCGCGGUUUCCUGGGGCAGGUGCACGCACUUUGCGUGUUCUGCGGGGCAACCAUACGGGGACCCCAGCAGGAGAUCGCUGCCAUGGUGGAACAUCACCUUAAUACAACGCAUGGCGUCAGCCAGACUUUUGAUCGGAAAAAGAACAUGGUGAAGUAUUACUGCUUUCACUGCAAAGUACAGUAUCACUAUCCUCUGUAUGUCAACGCGCUGGACGCUCACAAGAAGCACUGCCCGAUGCAGGUGAUGGAACGUAAGGUGCUUGGGGUAAUGGCUGGUACAAAGGACGACUGCACGGUGAACUCUCCUGAGGAGGUGAGGAUCACUCAGUACAAACCGAAGGUCGUGGAUCACAAUGGAGGCAACGCGGCGCCACGGGUUGAGAUCGCAGUACGUUGUGUCAAAAACACACCAGUGCACAAUCCAAGUUUCAGGGAUACUAAGGCAAAAUUACAACAAAACACAACAGCUGUGAUCAUUCAGAAGGGCUGUACAUUAAAAAAGGCAGUGCAUCAUAACAGGAGCAGCGGAUCCAUGCACCUGGCUCUAGAUCCGACCGACCACGUCGACAAGAGUUACGACGAAAGGAAGCAGUUCCUCGUGAAAUAUUUCAACGAGCGCCCAUACCCAAACCAGAAGGAGGUGGCCCUGCUCACAGAGAAACUGUGGAUGUGCCAUGGAGACGCGGCCAUUCUGUUUGCCUGCAAGCAGAAGGAAUGCCUACGUUCGAUCGAGGCACAUCGGACCCACGUGCUGCUAGGGUUCAGCAUGUUGGAGAUGCAGGGCCUCAACCACGGCCUCUUCUUCCCUGUAUUGGACUCGACCACGUGGGACAUCCCGAUGGAAAAAACAGCGCUGCCAGGGCAAAGUAACCACACAGACAACACAGAGCACACGGAGCACGCGGGGCAAAGUAAGCACGUGGGGCACACGGGGGAUGCAGAGCACCCAGGGCACAGUAAUGACAUGGAUCACGUGAAGCACGCGGGGCAUAGUAAGCACACGGACCACGUGGAGGUGUAAAUGUUUAGCUCCAAUUUUUUUCCAGCUAAUAAUCUCACACGGUGUACCUGGUAUUAGACAACCACCCCAAUGCUGAAAAAAUACUUGCAAAUUACUCAUUUGGGAUUCCACACCCAGCAACAUCGCCCCCUACCGUGAAAACUUGGCAGGACCCUCCUAAAAUAAGAUUAUUUCUGGGUAAAAGAGGUGUAAAUAAUACAAUGAAUAUAACCCAUGGACCUGCUACUGUAUAUAUAUAAUACUGCUACUGUACAUAGAUUAAAUAAUUUCAUGGGUUGUGAGGGCAUGAAUGCGACCCCCAUUUGAAACGCGAUCCUGGUCAUGUGUGCCGAACCACAGUCAUCUUGCUUGGUGAUGUUCGGUUAACGUGUUUAUAAUGUUUCGUCUUUGUAUUAAUGUGAAGCUUUAUGUAUUUUACAAAGGUCGGAUAAUUUCGGCGAAAACUUUGCUUCCCUGAAAUACAGAUUUGUUUUAUAUAGUUUCCGAGCACAGGCAAAGAACCAUAAGCGGCCUGCAACAAACGUAACGAUUAAUGUUGAAACAGAUAAGAAUUGAUGGGUUUCAUGAAUAGGCAAGGCUAUUAUCUAAGAGCUUUCGAGAAGAGACGAUGGGAGGGAAGAAGCAGUGUGGCGAGUGAACACUGUGGGAUGAGACAACACGCCUCCACUGUUGAUGCAACAAAACAUGAAUAGCAGAGGCUUCUGCACACUCAUAACCUGGGUUAUAAGAGUUUCGCAUUCAUAAAUGAUCUUAAUACAACUUUCGAUUUAAUCUUUCAUUAUUUGCUUUGCACGACUGUAUGGAAGCUGGCCCAGAGGCGACAUGUCCAGGUAUUGGUGACUUUCCUUCAAUGCCCGUAAUUCAGAUCGAUUUUCGUGACAUCGCGUCAGUGAACGUCGGAAGUGGAUGAGUGGACUGCGAGUGUGCAAGAGGGCCCUGGUGCUGGAGAGAGAACGCGGCGCAGCUGGGGUUGUACUUUUAGAACAUUGCAAGCAGUACAAUUUAGCCUGCCUAUUCUUGAAACCAGAACCGGGAGAUAUUUUCCAGAGCGAUAUGGGGUGCUGUGUGUUCGCAAUGUGCAGUCCGCAGACCCAAGGUGAAUGUAUUUCAGAGCUGUAUGUAACCUAUGUGGCUCGUGAAGAUUACAACAAUAACAUUGCGUAACAUUUUCUCGUUUCUAUCCCCAUAUGCCUCGUGCAUGAUGUAGGUAUAAAAUAUUAAUAUUUUGGAUGUAAAUGUUUAAUAAAGUUGAUAUUUGGCA